AUGGGUGACGCUUCAGUUUACUCCUACCCUUCCCCUCUGACUGGGUACGAAAGUGCUCCACCUUUGCCCGAGGAGAAGGCCGAGGACGGCAAGAGUUAUGUGAAUCCUCCGGCAGAGAAGCGCAGCGAGGCAUACGACAAGUUUAUCGCUCCUCUCGACCAGGGUAUCCGAGGAGGCUUCGACCUUCACAUUUACUAUCUUCAGACCAACCCGGAACAAUCCAAGUAUGCCAAUGAGUUGUGGCAACGCAUCCGAAGAGAAUUUCCUGAACUCCGAAUCUAUCGCUUCUGGGAUCGACCAAUCGGACCUCACCCAAUCGCCAUGUUCGAGGUCAACGUCUUUACUCCCGCACAAUUUGGCGCAUUCGUCUCAUGGCUUGCAAUCUGGCGUGGACCCUUGUCGGUGCUCAUCCAUCCCAAUGUCGUCCCAGAAGAGGGCGUCGAUCGCAGGGCGUCAGAGAAGCGAGAUCACUUGGAGAGGGCCAUCUGGAUGGGUGAGAGGUUGCCACUGGAUGUCAGUCUGUUCAACAAGGGAUGA